AACUGUAUCGUAUCGUGAAAAACAAAUGCAUUAAAUUGUAGAUGAUAGCCCGCUUUUUUUAGCUAUAUUAUAGAUAUCUUGAUACGGUAAAAAAAUACAAAUUUAGGUUUACGAGUAUCUUACGUAUCUUUCAUGAAUAAUGCGUGUUACGGUUGUGCCCUUAAUUGUAAAUAGAAUAAAGAAAAUUUGUUUACUUAACAUCCAAAAUUGUGUAAAUAAGAGUACAUUGGAAUUCGCUCUUUGUAACCACUCGCAAUUUAUUCGCGCGUCACCUUUUUCUACUGUGAAAGUGUUUGACCAUUUGGUACAAAAACAUAUGGAGAAUAAAAAAGUAAUGGAAAAAUUACAAUAUCCUGAAGCAUAUCGCGAUGAAUCCAUUGUUGAUAACUAUCAUGGAGUCGAGGUGCCAGAUCCAUAUAGAUGGUUGGAGGAUCCUGAUUCAGAGCAAACUAAAGCCUUUGUUGAUGCCCAAAAUGCUGUUACUAAACCAUAUUUAGAAUCAUGCAAAGCACGUCAAGACAUUCAUGAUCGAUUAAAGCAAUUAUGGGACUUUCCAAAAUACUCAUGUCCCGCUAGAUAUGGAAAUAAAUAUUACUUCUAUAAAAAUACUGGCUUACAAAACCAAAGUGUUUUAUAUGUACAAGAUACUCUGGAUAGUGAACCAAGAGUAUUUCUAGAUCCAAAUACUCUAUCGGACGAUGGAACUGUUGCAAUUAGAAGCAGUAAAUUUAGUGAAGAUGGUAGUAUAUAUGCAUAUGGUUUAUCCAGUAGUGGGUCUGAUUGGUGUACAAUUCAUUUCAUGAAUACGGAAACUGAAUGUCUGUGCACAGGUGAAAAAUAUCCUGAGAUCCUAGAAAAAGUAAAGUUUUCCCCCAUAACAUGGACUCAUGACAAUCGUGGGAUAUUUUAUGGUUGUUAUCCAGAUCAGAAAGGUAAAACUGAUGGUUCAGAAACAGAGGGUAACAGAGAUCAAAAACUGUGUUAUCAUAUUGUUGGUACACCGCAGUCAGAAGAUGUUAUUGCAGUUGAAUUCCCUGAAGAACCUUUAUGGAGGAUAGGAGCUGAAGUUUCUGACUGUGGAAAGUGGCUGAUUGUCACACCUGUGAAAGACUGUAGAGAUAAUUUAGUUUAUUUCACAGAAUUGAUUCCUGACACGAAAAUAACUGAGAAAUUGCAGUUAACUCAGGUCGUUGAUAAACUUGAAGCUGAUUACGAGUAUGUAACAAAUGAUGGUACCAAAGCUAUAUUUCGGACGAACAAAAAUGCGCCAAAUUAUAAAUUAAUAGCUAUAGAUUUAUUGGAUUAUAAGCAAGAAAAAUGGAUUGACCUCCUACCAGAACAUCCUGACAAUGUAUUAGAUUGGGCUUGUGCAGUCGAUGGUGAUAAAUUUGUAGCUUGCUAUAUUGAAGAUGUUAAGAACAUUUUACAAUUACACAGUUUAAAAACUGGCGAAAAAAUUAGAACUUUUCCCCUUGAUGUGGGCACAAUAGUUAAUUUUGCAGGACAAAAGAAAUAUUCGGAAAUAUUUUAUCAAUUCAAAUCAUUUUUAAUUCCUGGUAUCAUAUACAAAGUUGAUCUCAAAACUGAUGAAGAACCACAAGUACUGCGAGAAAUUAAAGUAAAGAACUUUGAUCCGAGUUUAUAUAAAACUAGUCAGGUAUUUUAUACAAGUAAAGAUGGUACAAGAAUCCCAAUGUUCAUUGUAAUGAAACAUGAUGCUGUAUUGGAUAGUUCUAUGCCAGCUCUGUUAUAUGGUUAUGGAGGAUUCAACGUAAGCAUCCAACCUACGUUCAGCGUUACGAAACUAGUUUUUGUUCAGCAUUUGAAUGGAGUACUUGCUGUAGCGAACAUUCGAGGUGGCGGCGAAUACGGAGAAAAAUGGCAUAAUGGUGGACGAUUCUUUAAUAAACAGAAUGUAUUCGACGAUUUCCAAGCUGCUGCCGAGUACCUUAUCGACAAUGGCUACACCACAGCUUCUAAAUUAAGUAUCUUAGGUGGAAGUAAUGGCGGCCUGUUGAUCGCUGCGUGUGCAAAUCAAAGACCUGAUCUUUUUGGUGCUGCCAUUGCUCAAGUCGGAGUAAUGGACAUGUUACGUUUCCAUAAAUUUACAAUUGGAGUUGCUUGGGUAUCCGAUUAUGGUAGUUCUGAUGAUCCGAAACACUUCGAGAACCUAUUGAAGUACUCUCCUUUACAUAAUGUAAGAGUUCCGGAAAAUGGACAAUAUCCAGCAACAUUAUUGUUGACUGCAGAUCAUGAUGAUCGUGUCGUACCGUUGCAUAGUCUCAAAUUGAUUGCAACGUUGCAAAAUACGCUUGGAAAACUGCCACAGCAAACAAAUCCUUUACUUAUUAAGAUAGAAACUAAAGCUGGACAUGGUGGUGGAAAACCAACUAUGAAAGUGAUCGAGGAAAGUACGGAUAUAUUAGCAUUUAUUGUAAAAUCUCUGGACUUAGAGUUUAAAUUAUAAAAUACAUUGGGAGUAUUAACAUCUUUAUAUUUUGUACUACGGAUAAGAGCCUUUUAAUGCUAUCGUGUAUAAAAUUCUAUCACAUCCAAUGAUAUGAAAUUAAGGCAAAAUACACUGAAACAUGCUAAAGCUGCUUUAUUUGUGAGAAAUUCUGGACGGAAUUAUCUUAAUACAUUAAAUAACAAUAACAUUCUAAUAUGAAGCAUUUUUACAUUGCCAUUAUAUGCAUUGCAAAAUACUGUUUUGAAAUGUUCUCUCACGGGUUUUGAUAAAUUGUAUUAUAAAUAAUAAUUACUAAUUUGUUAAAUAAAAAAUUCAUCCAGUGUAUCAAUGUCUAUUGUACAUCAUCUUGAAAGUAUAAAAGUGAAGCAUUUUCUGAUUCAGACUUCUAUCAAUUUUCUAGGAUUAAAUAGCAGUGAUAUUAAUAAUAAUAAUUUUUUAUUAAAUAUUAAAUAAUAAAAAGAAAUUCCAUGGAAGCAUUUUUUAUAUGUCAUUUUCACUGAUGUUCAAAUAGCAGAUUACGUAAAUAACGCAUUAACUGCUGCUAAUAUUUGGAAAAAGUGUUAACAUCUGUUCGAGCAUUAUUAAUACAAUACAAUGAAUUGUAAUUAUUA